GAGGACGUUAACAUUCACUUUUCAGACCACAUAAAAUAUUGUAAUACUAUUGGUCAGUUGCAGGCCAAUGCUGCGUUAGCAUUUUUUGAUGCUUCCAGCAGGUUCGGGUACGGAAAGCGAAAGCAACGAGCCAAGCAACGGUUCUUCAUCGGCCUGUUUUCUGUUUGCUUUGGUUUGCUUUUUCUUUCUGCUAAAUUGUUUUUUAAUAAUUUGUACAGAUAUAAGUAGCUGCAUUGUUUUUCCUCUUUUCUGCACUUUUUAAGGUUGCUAUAUAGCUAGCUAACUAUAUCUAGAGCUAGCAUGGAAAACGGAUGUUAACCGAGAAUGAUGAUGAUGAUGAUAGCUAGAGAGCGUGUGAUGCUAGACCAUGCUACAUGCUAGGCUUGCAGAGCCUUAAUCCUCCUACAAACUAACUAUAGGUUUUUUAUUAGCCAAUCAUCACUGUGGGAAAGGUUAAAGCUACUGUUGUAAUCUAAAAGUUAAGGAGCAAAUUUACAGAUUAUUGUAGCUACGUGCAUGUAUCCAGGCAAAAAAAUAGCAGGCAAAAAAGAAGGACCGCAUAGAUGGAUUCUAUUGUGACAUAAUUUGUUUACUUUUCAGUAGUAAGCUUUUUGGCUUUGGCAUUUGCGUGGCAGAAAAAGAAGAUGCUGGGAUUAGGUGAAGAGAGGUCUUUUUACACUGAAUUUCUUCUUAAAACCAUUAUCCAGUGAGAUUGAUGUCUUCUAAUUUAUUUCAAUUAAUAUAAAGUCCUAAGAAUGUGUGAGGAAACGAACUGAUAAUUUUGUUUGAAUAUAUUAUAUUCAAACAAAAAUAGUUGAUUUUCAUUAUAAUAUCAUUUUAGAAACAAAAUGGUUGAUCCUACAGUUAUAGAUAAUAUCAUACAUAAUUUAAACAAGUGCAAUGAUGCAAUCUUUUUGGAGAAUUCCUUGACAAACAUAUUACAACAAGAGGUUUUGUCACCUGAUUCACCACUUUUAAAACUGGAGGAUAACUGUUUGAAUUUAUCUGCCUCUGGAUCAAGUGACAGCAUAUUCAGCUGUACUGUUUUGUCAGUUCCAGAUGGCGAAAAUAUACAUCACAUUGCAAGAUUCUUUGAAGCAGGAGGCUUUUCUGGAUUCUACCGAAAUGUUGCACAUGAAAAGAUUAAGGAAGAUCUAUCAUUAUAUAGCCUUCUUCCUUACCAAUUUUAUAAUGAAAUGGAUGUUGAUAUAUGCUCCAAAAGGAAUAUGUCCUUAUUCAAGGCUUUGAAAAAAGGUAAACAUACACCUCAGUAUGCCAAGGAUAGGUCAUACAGAAGAGUUUUGAUUGACAAUCCAAAUAGCAUCAAAAAUAUUGUCAAUAAUGUGAAACCAUCUGUUGAAAAAAGCAAUUGUAAAUGUCUCUUCUUCAUAUGCUAUGUUAUGCAUCGCCUUCAAAAGCCAACAACUUCUUUGGAUAGUGGAUUUGAAAGAAGUGAUGAGAUAAAGCAAGUAGAGGUAAAGUAUGUUCAAAAGUUCUCAACAAGCUGUAGAAGAUAUCCAGCAUCUCCAAGAAACAGAAUUCUUCAGGCAUGUAAUUUCAGAGGUUCUGAAGAAGCUAGCGAAGUAGUGAUUGCUGUUUUAAAUUGCAUUCUUGGUAACAUAGUAGAAAUACCUUAUUAUAAAAAUAAAAAAUUGCCAAGCACAACAAGAAAAAGGAAAUUCCACCUGAUUUCAAAGAGAAACAACAGGAAGAAUGCAGAAGAGAGUGAUGGUGAUGAAGCAGAUGCCUCUGACUCUAAUAUACAGGUUGAUAUUAUGGAGAGUAGAAAACUUCAAAAUGUAGCUUCAUCCAGUGAAUCGUUGUAUCAGUAUUUUUGUGGACAGUUGUUCAACUAUGGCACCUUCAAAUGGAGAGUUAAAUCAGCUACAAAGAAUGUUGUUGUCAUGAAUGAUUACGAUUGUAACACUGGUGAAUUUAUGCAUUUUGAAUAUGUUCAUGUAUUUUCAACUACCACAAGUACUGGUCCAACCUAUUAUUGCAAUUGCAAAAUAUUUUCUGUAUCUCAAACCUGUGUUGAAGCUCCAGAAAGAUUUGAUGUUAGGUGGCUGGGUGUUUCUUGUUUACAUGUGCGAUUGCUUGCCAGUGUUGUUUCACUUCUCCCAUCUUCUGAUCAUAUUCCAGAGCCUGUGAGUGCUGAUGUCAGCCUUGUGAAUAUGUCAGUUAUUAAUGAUGGCUUAAAGUGCUCAGAAACAGUUGUUGAGGAACUUCCUGCUAAAUUAAAUGUUCGCAAAUUCUCGAUCACCCAUGAAGAUUCUGCUGCAAUUGUAUCUCUUUUCAAAGUGUCUGGAACAAAUAGAAAAGUUGUUCAAUGCAAAAAUUCGUUAUGUGUUAUUGACAAAGGAUCAAAAAGGUCAAUCAAAAACAUAACCACUGCUUUUGACUUAUGUCCUCAUUUGGUGUCAUUUCGAGACUUCUAUUUGACCAAUAAUGAAUCUGAUGACGUUGAUGAUAUCAGUGAUGAAGAUAGUAAUAAUGCUAAUUUUCUUCCUGAUAAUAAGCAAAACUGGUCAUGCAUUCAAAAUAUGGAAACUAGAACAUAUUUAUGACAGCCCAGCCUUAUUUGAACUGGUAUACUAUAAUAGAACACAGCAUCCCUUUAUGGUGCUACUUAAAAUUGGCAGAAAAAAGGAAUACCUUUAUCACGGAAUCCCUGAUUUGUAGGCUUGGUCCAACUGGCAAAUACACUUGUUUAGAGAACAAGAAUUUUUGAGCAUCUUAUAGACGGUUUCCUUUGUGUACAUUUCCAACAUCAGGGUGUUUUGGAAAAAAAUGGAAACGAUACGUGAAACGAGGCCAUCUUCAGUCCAUUUAUCCAUACAAAGGCAUUGGUAAUACUAUAAAUGGAUUCAAAUAAAUCACAAGGCAUCAAUCUGCUCCAACGAUGUUUCUGUGAGAAGAAAUCCAUACAAAAGAUCUCUGUCUGGUCCAAGCUUAAGCAUUUUUUCCCUGCCAGGCAGAUGUCAGAGUCAAAAAAGCUAAACACUAAAAGUAAACGAAUAACAUCAAAUACUGCAACACAGAUAGGCAAAUACAUACUUUUUAAAAAUGUUAAUUUUUACGUACAGAUACGGUAAGCUAGCUAUUAUAGCUAGCUACCACACAUCCCGCAAUGCCAUUUAAAAAAUAUGUAUAUAUUUUUCAUAGCUAUAUAUUCUAAAGUUUAUCUGUCUAUUGUUAUCAAGUCAACAGAAAGUCAAAACAUUAAAUACGAUGAAGAAAUUUAGGAGUGUUGAUGUUUGGAGGAAAUACCCUGGCUGGCUUCUGUGCAUGAUAUAAAAUAAUUUGCAUACAGCUUAUAGUAAAUACUGCAGGGUAGCUAAACUUAACAAUGAUGGAGAAGAACCCUUAAGAAUAAUACCUGGCACAUUUCCCUUGCUAUAUUACCAAAAUUUUCGUCAAAAA